UCACGUCAUUUCAGUCAGCUUUUUGCAAAAGAGGGGCGCCGUUAGCAGAUCUCACACAAAGCACGAGUUUUCUACAGUUUUAUUCGAUUUUUACACAGAAUUUUCAAUAAAAAAUGUUCGGAGGACAACAGCCCAUAUUGGUUUUAAGCCAAAAUACCAAAAGAGAGUCUGGCCGUAAAGUGCAGUUGGAGAACAUAAAUGCCGGAAAGGCUAUUGCCGAUGUUAUCCGCACCUGUUUGGGCCCUCAGGCCAUGUUGAAAAUGCUUAUGGAUCCCAUGGGUGGUAUUGUCAUGACCAAUGAUGGUAAUGCUAUUUUGCGUGAGAUCACUGUACAACAUCCUGCGGCUAAGAGUAUGAUUGAGAUUGCUCGUACCCAAGAUGAAGAAGUUGGCGAUGGUACGACAUCUGUCAUUGUAUUGGCUGGAGAAAUGUUGGCAGCAGCUGAACCCUUUUUGCAACAACAAAUCCAUCCUACUGUCAUUAUCAGAGCCUAUCGAGAAGCCUUAGAAGAUAUUAUCAAGUAUUUGCAAACAGAUUGCAGCAUACUUUUGGAUGUUAACAAUAAGGAAAAAAUGGCCGAGGUUGUUAAAGCCUGUGUUGGCACUAAAUUCAUUGGCAAGUGGUCUAGUUUGGCUGUUAAUAUUGCUUUGGAUGCUGUGAAGACAGUGACUCUAAAUGAAAAUGGCCGUCUGGAGGUUGAUAUUAAGCGUUACGCUAAAGUUGAGAAAAUCCCCGGUGGCUCCAUUGAUGAAUCCUGUGUCCUUAAAGGUGUCAUGAUCAACAAGGAUGUUACACAUCCAAAAAUGCGUCGCCAUAUUGAGGAUCCUCGCAUUGUAUUAUUGGAUUGCUCUUUGGAAUACAAGAAGGGUGAAAGUCAAACAAAUGUGGAAAUUAUUGGCGAACAAGAUUUCACCCGCAUGUUGCAAAUCGAAGAAGAAUUUGUUCAACGUAUUUGUGCCGAUAUCAUUGCCGUUAAGCCCGACAUUGUGUUCACCGAGAAGGGUGUUUCCGAUUUGGCUCAACAUUAUUUGUUGAAGGCCGGUAUUACAGCCAUCAGACGUUUGCGUAAGACUGAUAACUUGCGUAUAGCUCGUGCUUGUGGUGCAACUAUUGUUAACCGUACCGAGGAGUUGACUGAAAAGGAUGUUGGUACCGGAGCUGGUCUCUUUGAAAUUAAGAAAAUUGGCGAUGAAUACUUUACCUUUAUAACUGAAUGCAAAGAUCCCAAGGCUUGCACUAUUCUCUUGAGAGGAGCCUCUAAGGAUAUUCUCAAUGAGACCGAGCGUAACUUGCAAGACGCUUUGCAUGUAGCCCGCAAUUUAGUAUUGGAGCCCCGUUUGGUUGCGGGAGGUGGUGCCAUUGAAAUGGCCUUGUCUCAACGCUUGACCCGCAAACAAUUGAAGGGUCCCUACACAGCAGUAGCCGAAGCUUUGGAGAUUAUACCACGCACAUUGGCUCAGAAUUGUGGCGCCAAUACUAUUCGCACGUUGACUGCUCUGAGAGCAAAACAUGCUUCGCAUUCGGGCGAUGGUGUUUGCCCUUGGGGUAUUGAUGGUGAAACUGGUGAAAUUGUAGACAUGAAUGUUAAGGGCAUUUGGGAACCACUAGCAGUUAAAAUGCAAACAUACAAAACUGCUGUCGAGACUGCUAUUCUUUUGUUGAGAAUCGAUGAUAUUGUCUCCGGAUCUAAGAAGAAGAACAGCGAACCCACAGCUCCAGCUGCAGCAGCUGCUGGUGCAGAAUAAGCAUAUUGCAUUAAAGUAUAAUUUUUGUUUUUAAUUUAAUGUAUUAAAUCAUACAACUUUUUUGCUAUACUCUAUACCAUAAAACACACAUUAACCUUAAUUUACUUUUUCGUUAAAAACCAAAAACACAAGUGAACAACAACAAAUUCAUUAAGCAUUUAUUGCAUAUACAUUGCGUAGUUCUUUGAGAUACUACGCUGCCUACCACUACCCACUACUUAAGUUAAGGCUCUCAAAUCACCUGUUUUUUCGUUAACGCGCUAUAUUUUUCUUCUUAGGUUCCCCUACUCUCAUUAACAUUUAUAAUAAAUCACAAUGAAAAACAAGAA